AUUUAACCUUAUUUACAACCAGGAAGUAAAUUAAAGAUCUCGUUAAAGUCUCACGUGAAUUCCUUGACAUUCCACAAAGUCUAUUCGCAAGUUGAUAUUGCCAUUUCUAGGUCAAACAUAGAAACUAUGGCACUAUCCAAACUAAGCAUGCCCGGUACUCCCCAACAUUUUCUAGAAUGCGGAAUUGAAGAUUGCGAGAGAAACUGUCAAUAUUACUGCAAUCCUUGCCACUUGAAAUUGUGUGAGCAAUGCAGAAAUAAACAUCUGAAGAGUCCAGAAAACGACGACCAUGAGGUGGUCCUUUACCAACAGCGCAAACGACAGCUACCCAAAGAAAAAUGCAAAAGUCACAAAACUAAGGAUGUUGAUUUGCUUUGUAAAGAAUGCCAGGUUCCACUUUGUUCCAAAUGCACCACACUGAGGGAUCAUCAGGGACAUACAUUUCUGGAUCUAGAGACAAUUUAUGCAGAAAAGUUUUCCAUUUGCCAAGAGGAGAUUAACAAAAUUCAGGAAUAUUUCCUUCCUACAUCAGAGGAUUUACAGACAGAUAUUAAAGAUGAUGCAACAAAAAUCAAAAAGAUCAUGGACAACAUAAGAACCUCCAUGAAGGCUGAAGCCGAGUCCCUUAAAAGUCUGGUGGAUAAAGUGCAAUCAGAGAACAUGAAGCACCUAGACCAGAUAGAGCACUCACUGCUAGAAGAUUUAAAUUCCCAAGAUAAGGCAUUCAGUGAUUACAUCACCUAUCUCCAAGAUCUUGUCAAAGAGUACCAUGGCUAUCUAUCAGCUACAAAAUCACAGAAAUUAAUUUCCUUAACUUCUGAGGCAUUAAAAAUCCAACCCAUACCAGAGACAACAAAGCCAUGCCCACCAGAAUUUACUGCUGGGCAGUACAGCAAAGAAGACAUAACACAUUUACUUGGCAGAAUAAAUGUUCCAAGAGUUAAAAGAGAAGGCAGGAAAAUAAAGAAAAUGAAUCAUUUAACACUAAACAAAGAUUCAAGAGAACAUACAAAACAAAUUGCACAGAAAUCUAACAUGAAACAAAGAUUGUCUCUAUCUUUCUCUGUCACUGAGGUCAGGGAGUUCACUGUACCAGGUGUUGAUGGUGUAUGGCAUAUGUCACUAGAUCAGUCAGGUAGACUCUGGGUCAGUGAUCUUAUUGGUAACCUUGUCCAAACGGAUCUACAGGGGAACCAUCUACGGAAGAUAGAAACCAGAGGUGGACAUGGUUACCACACAGUGACACAGAACGGGAUUAUGAUCUUUACAGACGAAUACAAGAGAGUCAUCAAUAGGAUAACAAUGGAUAACAAUAUCACAGAAUUCAUUAAAACAGGAGACUGGGAACCAAUCAGCAUACACUCCUCUCACAUCAAUGGGGACUUAUUGGUGGGGAUGGCGAAGAGUGGAGAGGGUAAAGUCACCAGGUACAACAAGACAGGGAAAGAACUACAGAACAUACAGAGGGAUGACAAAGGACUGGGACUGUAUAGUUAUCCAAGGUACAUAACAGAAAAAAUCAAUGGAGACAUCUGUACAUCAGACUGGGGUAAGGCAGUAGUGGUGGUGAAUAAAUCAGGACAACACAGAUUCUCCUACACAGGUCAGGGGUCACUGUUCAAUCCCUAUGGAAUCUGUACUGAUGUCCUCGGUCACAUACUGGUGUGUGACGAUUACAGUAUUCACAUUCUUGACCAGGACGGUCAGUUUUUAUCUCUACUACUCACACAACAGCAAGCACGCCAUCCAAUAUGUGUAAAUAAGGAUAAUGAAAACAAUCUUUAUGUGGGACAAGGUAUUACAUUUAAUAACAAAAUUAAAGUGUUCAAGUAUCUCCAGUAACUUUUCGCC